AUGCUGAUAAUAGCCGGAGUGUUAUUGUGUUGGUACUCCGUCCAGCAGCUAGCGCUGUCAAUAACUAUACACUUUUCAACACCACCAAAGCAGUCAGAGCUGUCUUGGCCCAAAUUCCUUAGUUCAAGCUAUUUUUCUAACGUCAACGGUUGUCCUGGCCUUUUGCAAAAUCAUAUGAAACCUCAAUUUUGGAAUUUCACUCUUCUAUAACUUAAUUUCCGAGAUACCAGCAUAUAAACGGUUGUCCCGCGAUGCGACAGAGAAAAAGGUAACGUUGGUUUGAUCCGCUGUAGUAACGUAGCUACGUGAACAGUCUGUUGACGUUAGCGGUAGCUGCCAAGCUAGCUAGGCUAUCUAAAAACGGCAUUUAGUUAACGCUGGCCUUCGCUGUUUGUUUGCCCUUUAAUUUUCCUAAUAACUAAUAGGACAUCAUCUUACAGUGCCAAAAGCGUUAGUUAGGUUAUCAAACGCUAGGCUUUGUCUUUCCUCAAAAGAAGACGAUAUGUGAGUUAAAGUAUUUGGUACUGAAAAUGUGUUAACGGUCACGCGAGGUGAGGCUUCUCCAAAAGGCAGUUGGACAUUAGCUAGCUAGCUAUCUAUAAGAGUGGACUGACUGCAUUAGCCGUAAUAGGGAGAGAGAGACUGGUUGAAGGAUGAAUCCACUCGACUGGGAUGCUAUUCUUCGGAUAGCCCAUAAGAACGUGGACCCAAAUCACCAGAAUUAUGUUAAUAACAGCAUGGAGAAUGUCCAAGUAACUAAUAACGAGAGGGACACUUUUGAAGCAUCAAAAGUGUCGCAAAGCAGCAUGGGGUGGGAUGGAGUAAGUCCUCCUCUCUCGCUUAACUUGCACAUAAAGGAAUCAGAAGUCGAAGACCCAGAUGGAGCGCCCAUUGAACUGGAGGAAGAGGAUCCAGAGCUGGCGAGAAAGCGGAAAGAGCUUAGAGAGAUAGAGGAGCGGAUACUAUUUAAGAAAGCUGCUAUUGCUCUGAAAACUGUUGAAACGUCUGUGAAGAAGACCACACCUUCAGACCUUUCCUGUAAUGAACAAUCAUCAGCAUGCAAAGGUGCAACUCUCAAAGACAGGGUGAAUGUCAUUUUGCAGCAGGGACAUUCUGCCGGCUUCCUGUCAAAGGUGCGGUCUGCCAGAGAGAGAAUGGACUCAUCCAGGCUGAGCAGAGAUGGUCUGCUGCAGGACGACCAUCCCCUGAAGCUCAGAGUGAAUGCACUCAUGAAGCACAGAUGUAGUGAUCCGUGUGUUUUGCCAGCAAGCAGGGAGGCAGCUGACGUCCCCCCGCCUCCUCCCAGCCGAAGGGAUACUUCCCCAGCAAAGCAAGAGAACGGCGUCAACGAGGGUUUCCAGCUCUUUCUCAACGUGCUUAACAAAGGCGUGGAUUUCGAUUUCCUCAGCAGGAUCGUCACCAAUGACAGCGAGGACCUUCCUUUAGGCGAGGAGCUCCUGAACGUUCACCACGCUGCUGCGGAGAACAAGUCCAACCCACCCUUCAGAAACGAGAGUCAGCGAUUGAGUAGCGGAGUGUCGCUGCCGGGCUACAGUCACACCAACAGCAGAGAGAGUAAGACUGACCCGCCCAGUCAAGAGAGAUCCCUCAAUGAGACCCUACCUGAUGAUGGAGAGAAGAAGGACGACAGAGGAGAUCGCUGUUUCAUUUCCAGUAGUCGAUCCAGGUCUCCCACGGCAGGAAAGAACAAGAAGAUGAGCAAAGAAGGAAAACCAAAGCUGGAUGAGCAGAGCGCACAGCUCCAGAACAUUCUUAAAACCCUGGGGCUGAGCCUGGAAGUGGAGGAGAUGAGCAAACUAGCAGACCGGACUCAGGAGAGGCUGUACGGUAAGAAGCAUGGAGCCAGGAGGGCUGAUCGCAAAGGGGAGCAGGAGAGUCAGCAGAGGGGCUCCCAAAGGUAUUACAGUCACUCCUCUUCCUCCUCUUCCAGGUCUACUAGGUCUAGAAGCUUUAGUCCCAGCCCCUCUCGCCGUCAGUGCUCCCACAGCAAAGACUCUGAGCGAAGGUCUGAACGCAGCCACCCGAGAGACAAAAGCAGAGACGGACCGACAGAGCAAGACCAUAGCCGGGACAGAAUUGAAGAACAGAGGUACAGGGACGAAGACCGCGAUGGAAAUACCUCAAAGAAAUCUCUACGUAUCAACAUCCAGAUCCACCAAACCAACGUAUCCCCAGCCCCACCCAGUGCUUUUUCUGAAUUUUCAGCCGACAGUUGUCCCAGUACACUGUUUACCAGAGCACUUACAGCCCUGCUACUAAUUCUUACUGGACACAUACUCAGGAUGCCAUUCCUCCCUUCUUUUAUCCCAGCGAGGGUCCUUACCCACAAAACACCUACUGUACCUUUCCUGGCUCCGUCAUGGCACCUAAUGGGUUUUACCGUCAUCACAGGUCUCGCAAAGACAUGAACUUGAUUUUUAAUCCAGACCUGUCUCAGAGCGAAGGCCAAAGUGGAUCUGUUUCUCGCCCUCGCUGCCUGCAGGUCGUCAAGACUAAGACCAACGAGAGCAAUUUAAAGCAACUUACACCAG